UGUUCGACACGAUUGCGUCAAGGUCAAUACUGGAGGGACUGCGAGAUUUUAUUACGCUUUACCAGAUGGAGAAAGUCGAGAUUGCUGCUAGGAAGUCGAGCAGCUUAGGCUCUUUAUGGGAUUUGAUCAGUUUAGAAUUUAAAAGUGGCUGUUCCCUAGAAUAUGACGAAGAAGAAUUUUUAGACAAGAGAGAAAAAGUUUAUACUUUUAUGAAAAUACCCUUAGAAAUCGAACGAUUCAUGUUGUAUGGCAUUUGUCAGUGCUUGGAUUCAUUCCUAUUUGUCUACACAUUCCUACCAUUAAGGGCAGUAUUUGCAUUAAAAUUAAUAAUUUGUAGUUAUUUAUCAAAAUGGAAGAAUAAUCAUAUAAAAGAACAGUUAUCGGCUGCAGAAAUUUGUGACUUGCUUAAAAUGGCUUUACUAAUAACAUGCUUGAUGAUGUUAUUACCUUGGGAUACAUCAAUGAUAUAUCAUGUAAUUAAAAGCCAGUCGAUUAUUAAGUUAUAUGUAUUUUUCAAUAUGUUAGAGGUUGGAGACAGAUUAUUUUCAUUAUUUGGUCAAGACAUAUUAGACGCAUUGUUUUGGACUGCUACUGAACCUAAAAAUAGUCAGCGUAUACAUUUUGGCGUUUUAACACAUUUCAUUAUCGCUGUGUUUUAUGUCUUUUUACACAGCACACUUGUAUUAUUCCAAGCUACCACAUUGAAUAUUGCAAUUAAUUCUAGAAAUGGGGCAUUACUACCAAUCAUGAUGUCCAAUAAUUUUAUAGAAUUUAAUGGAAAUGUGUUCAAGAAGUUUAAUAAAACAACUUUGUUCCAAUUAUCGUGCAGUGAUGUUCGUGAACGAUUCCAUCUGUUCAUAUUAUUACUUAUAGUUGUAGUGCAAACAAUGAAAGAAUACCAAUGGACUAGUGAAUCAUUUUGGGUGUUAAUGUUUGACUGCAUGUAUGUCAUGAUAUUAGAGAUUAUUAUUGAUUGGAUAAAACAUGCAUUCAUCACUAGGUUCAAUGAAAUCAACUUGUCAGUGUACAAUGACUAUUUAUUGAGCUUUGCUUAUGACACUGCACAAUCACAUGAUAAAAAAGCAUUCACUGAUCACUCGGAUUUGGUGGCAAGAAGAAUUGGAUUGAUCCCAAUUCCGCUUGGAGUAGUUAUAAUUAAGGUUCUAACUAGGUGUGUGUCUUUUGAUGGGCAACUUGUUUCAAUAAUUUUUCUAUUGUCUACAUUUAUAUGUGUAGUCGCAUUGAAAAUUGUUAAUCUUGUCUAUAUAAUAGGGAGAGCGUACAAGAUGGUAGACCUCGGAAAAUAGAAUGUAAAAAUUAAAUUAAUUCUCAAUUAUUUAUUUUUUAUAUAUUAUAAUCAACAGAUUGAUAUACAGAAAGCAUGCCUUAAUACACAAAUAUUUGAAAACAUUAUAGAAUCAGAUUUAACUCAUAGGAACUGAUUUAAACUUACCUAUCCAUGAUGAUAAUAUACG